CCGCGGCGAAGCUUUUCUAGUUCAUCUGCUGUCCGGCUCUCAGUCCCCGUGGCGCCCCCUUUCCUCUUGUCCCCGAGCGCUCUCGACUCCACCAUGCCAAGGGGCUUCCUGGUGAAGCGAACUAAACGGACAGGCUGCUCGUACCGAGUUCGCCUUGCGGAGCAUGUCUUCCCUCUGCUGGGGCCCCAGGGGGCGCCGCCCUUCUUGGAGGAGGCUCCCAGGGCCUCCUUGCCCGGUACGGAGCGGGCGGCCCCCCCCACCCGGGAGGAACCCGGAAAGGGGCUGACGGAGGAGGCGGCCCGGGAACUGUCGGGGUCGCCAUGUCGGGCGGCUGGGGUGAGCCCGGGGGCGGGCGGGCGGGAAGGCGCGGAGUGGCGGGCGGGUGGCAGGGAAGGUCCCGGGCCCAGCCGCAGCCCCGGCCCCAGCCCCAGUCCAGCGAAGCCGGCCGGCGCAGAGCUGCGUCGGGCGUUCCUGGAGCGCUGCCUCAGCUCGCCCGUCUCCGCCGAGUCCUUCCCCGGGGGCGCCGCCGCCGUGGCCGCUUUCUCCUGCUCCGUGGCGCCAGCAGCCGCACCGACCUCGGGGGAGCAGUUCCUGCUGCCGCUCCGGGCGCCGUUCCCAGAGCCCGCGCUUCAGCCGGACCCUGUGCCCCUCUCGACCGCCCUGCAGAGUCUGAAACGGGCGGCCGGCGGCGAGCGCCGUGGCAAGGCACCCACGGGCUGCGCGUCUGGACCCGCAGCCACGGGAAUCAAGAAGCCAAAGGCCAUGAGGAAGUUGAGCUUUGCCGAUGAGGUGACCACAUCCCCUGUCCUGGGCCUGAAGAUCAAGGAGGAGGAGCCCGGAGCGCCGUCUCGGGGCUUGGGAGGCAGCCGCACGCCGCUGGGCGAGUUCAUCUGCCAGCUGUGCAAGGAACAGUACGCAGACCCCUUCGCGCUGGCCCAGCACCGCUGCUCCCGCAUCGUGCGCGUAGAGUACCGUUGCCCUGAGUGCGACAAGGUGUUCAGCUGUCCUGCGAACCUGGCCUCCCAUCGCCGCUGGCAUAAGCCGCGUCCCGCGGCUGCAAACGCCGCCACAGUCUCCUCCGCCGACGGGAAGCCGCCUUCUUCGUCGUCUUCGGCCUCCCGGGACUCCGGGGCCAUUGCAUCUUUUCUGGAGGAGGGAAAGGAGAACAGCCGGAUAGAGCGGACUGCGGAUCAGCACCCGCAGGCCAGGGACAGCUCCGGGACGGAUCAGCACCCGGACAGCGCCCCGAGGCAGGGCCUCCAGGUGCUGACGCAUCCAGAGCCACCGCUGCCACAGGGCCCCUACACGGAGGGGGUGUUCGGGCGCCGGGUGCCUGUGCCAGGCAGUACCAGUGGUGGCGGGGGAUCCGAAAUUUUCGUGUGCCCAUAUUGCCACAAAAAGUUUCGUCGCCAAGCCUAUCUGCGCAAGCACCUGAGCACUCACGAGGCGGGCUCGGUCCGUGCGCUAGCGCCGGGCUUUGGCUCCGAACGCGGUGCCCCACUUGCCUUCGCUUGCCCGUUGUGCGGAGCGCACUUCCCUACCGCAGAUAUCAGGGAGAAGCACCGGCUGUGGCAUGCUGUCCGCGAGGAGCUGCUCCUGCCCGCUCUGGCGGGGGCUCCUUCCGAAACGCCGGGCCCUAGCGGGCCAUCUGACGGGAGUGCCCAGCAAAUUUUCUCGUGCAAGCACUGCCCGUCCACUUUUUUUAGUUCUCCGGGGCUGACCCGGCACAUCAAUAAGUGCCACCCCUCAGAAAGCCGGCAAGUGCUGCUGCUGCAGAUGCCACUGCGGCCUGGCUGCUGAGGGACGAAAGAAAGGAUGAUUUCGAGGUUGGCCUUAGAGGAAACAGAUCAUGGGAAUUUCUGUGGGGCUUUCUUCAACUUGCAAGUUUACUUUCAUUCCUUCCUAUGUUUCUCCCUCCUAAAAUUCUCCCUGUAGUCAAUGUUCUACCAGAGGAGCAGACAGUGAAAUGUAAUAUCCCUUUCUAGAGCAGGUAUGUAUAUGGUACAAACCUUGAGAUCAAAGCCUGUCAGCUUUAAAUCCUUCUCACUUUCCCCACUAAAAUAGGAUUUUUCCCCCUUAAAACUCUGGAGACCCUAACGAAUCCUAUAUGAUUUGUAAUUCCUAUGGAAAGUCGCGGUGAAUGCGUGCAUGUCUCAGUGUCCACAAAGGGUUCUGGCUACCCUUUGGGAGUCACCAAUGUUUUUUUCCUCUUGUCAUCACAGGCGCCUAUGCAGCUUCUGUCUCAAUAGGAUCAGAUAUUUUGCACUGUAUCUGUGAAUUAAAAGUUAUGUGACUGGUGCCAAACUUAAGGAGAUUCAAGCCCUGGCAGAAAAUAAUGUUAGUGACCCAUUUGGACAGAAUACAAAGACGGAAAUAUUUUGCAAAUGAAUGUAAUGGUGCAGGAAUGCAAUGAAAAAUCUUCCUUUGAAGUAUGGCUGCAAAGACUGAGCUCCAAAAGGCAAGGAAUAUGCACUAGUCUUUAAAUCUAAAAAAGACAUCCCCCCAAGAAAUGUCGACAGAAAAUAUAUUUUAAGUAUGUAUAUAUAUUUCAAACUAGUGAACAGUGUUACCUGAAGAUGAAAAAAAGUAUUUUAAUGGUGCUAAUUAAUUUCACUAUUUCAGGUUUGUAUUUUUACUCCAUAUUGUUAUGUAUCAUCAAUCCAUUAAUUUUUUUAUAGCACUUUAGAAACAUGUAUGCAGUUACUCUGAUUUUCCUUUUUGUAAUUCUUCACCUUGGCUGUAGGAAAUUGUUUAUAUUGUUCAAUCUUCUUCCCAAGGACUCUAUCCAUUUGUUUAUCUUCUACAUCAGCUUACAUAGGACUUUUAGUUUUCAUUUGUAAGAAAACAAAAAAUUGAGUGCACAGAAGUUCUGAAAGGUUGUCUUAGAAAACUUGUCAGUACAAACUUUUAUUGCUGAAAGUAUAUUAUAAAACAAAGUAAAAUUUAAGAAUCAAAA